UUAUAUUAGUGCAGAACACUGUACCUUUAAUUUAAAUGCCCUUGGAGUCUGCUGGGGAAGAGAAAUAAUACUGUCAGUCAGUAUGACAUGCAGAUGAGUGCCGUCGAUCUUAGAAUCACCGCACACUUCACUCAUUUGGGCAGUCACGGGGCCAAAACCAGAGUGUGGAGCCACAGUGUGGCGGUGGAGGCAGCAGCAAUGGGAGGCCAUACAGCACCCUAUGACAAAAUGGAACCCACCAGCAGUGUGAGGAGACCUGAAAGUGGCACAUGGCAGAGUGUGGCGAUGGAGACAGCAGCAAUGGGAGGCCGUACAGGGACCCAUGACACACUCUGGACCUGGCAGCAGCAUGAGGAGGCGGUACAGGGGCCCAUGGCAAGAAGAAGAAGAAGAAGAAGAAGAUGAGGCAGAGUGUGGAGCCACAGUGUGGCGGUGGAGGCAGCAGCAAUGGGAGGCCAUACAGCACCCUAUGACAAAAUGGAACCCACCAGAAGUGUGAGGAGACCUGAAAGUGGCACAUGGCAGAGUGUGGCGAUGGAGACAGCAGCAAUGGGAGGCCGUACAGGGACCCAUGACACACUCUGGACCUGGCAGCAGCAUGAGGAGGCGGUACAGGGGCCCAU